UUGAAAGUUUCAAUUUUCAAAAGCUUCAAAUCCCACAGCUAUAUUAAAACAUCUCCCAUUCAUUAAACUCCAACCAGUUUCUCGGUUUUUUUUUUUGUCUCAGAACCAAAAUUGAAACUGGGUUUUAAAGAUUCAGGGGAAUUAUGUACCACACCACAAAAACAGAGCCGGAUUUUGCUUAUCUUGGCCCAAUUCGCCGCCAUUUGUUAGGCGAAUCGGAGGCCGCCGGUCCCGUUUUCAACCAGACUGGUAGUUUCAGUAGCUUAAUUCCAUGUCUUCACGACAACUGGGGCGAUUUGCCACUCAAAGUGGAUGACUCUGAAGAUAUGCUUCUCGCUGCUGUUCUCGGGGAUGCCGUCGGUGCUGGAUGGGUGCCGUCACUUGGAAGUUGCGAUUUUGGGUUCUCAGCAGUGAAAUCGGAGCCGGAGAUGAUUCCCGUGAGUUUUCCACCGGUGCAACCCAAUGUGGCGAUGAGGCCGGCGGUGGUACCGCAAAAGGGUAAGCAUUACAGAGGAGUGCGGCAACGGCCGUGGGGGAAGUUUGCAGCGGAGAUUCGGGACCCGGCGAAAAAUGGCGCUAGAGUUUGGCUUGGAACCUAUGAGACGGCGGAGGAUGCAGCUCUAGCUUAUGAUCGAGCAGCCUACCGAAUGAGAGGCUCGAGAGCUCUACUCAAUUUCCCCCUCCGUGUCAACUCCGGCGAGCCCGAACCGGUUCGAAUCACGUCGAAGCGAUCCUCGCCGGAUCUUUCGUCUUCGCCAAAGCGGCGGAAGAAGGCCACCUCCGCCGUCGAAGGUGGAGGUGUACAAGUGGAGCAACAAGUGGCAAGCUUUACACGUGGAGGGCAGAUGUUUGUCAGCCAAUGCUAACACAUCUAGCCAAUAAAUAAAU